GCGCAUGCCUGAGAAAAUUCUCUUAAAAGAUUUUCGAAAUCAUAAAGUUUUAAGAAAAAAUUUCAUCAAAAAUAGUUCAAUCGAGAUGGGAAAGGCAAACAAUUGUGGAAAAAUUAAUUUAAAUGACCCCACUUCAAUCUUUUUUUGGGGGUUAAUAAUUGUUUUGUUCAUACUCGUAGUAGGAAAUUUUAUUCUUACAUUGUCUAUUAUUUCAUUCUUCAAAAUAGGCAUAGGAAUGCCUAUACAGUUAAUUCCUGAAUGGAAAACAGUAAAAUUUCACGGAUCUGUAGAUUUUUUGAAAGUUUUUAAGAAAGAUGGACAAUUGGAGAGCUUUAAGGAUACACCUGCGGUAAUUGAAUCUAAUGAAGGAUCCAUAAAGUUUAAUUUGAUCGAUCGAAAAAAUCAAGUACACAAUCGUUUUGUUAUGGAAAAUGACGGGAUUGAAAUCAAAGGAUUAAAUGUUUUAGCUAUUCGUGAUCCCAAAACAAAUAUACCGAUUUUCACUACUUCCUCAAAAUUAGUAUAUCACUUGGAGAAGCCAACAAAAAGUUUAGAAUCAACAUUUAUUAAUGCUAGAGAAAUUGUAAGUCCAAUCGAUAAGAAGCUGGAGAUACAAUCGUUAAAUAUGUUUGUUCGUGGUAUUGAAGGCACUGUCAUGGAUGGAAAAGACAUUUUAAUAUCAGCAGGACAGCAUAUCUAUCUGAAAUCUUCAAAUGGUUCGAUUGGAUUAGCAGCACAAAAUGGAAUUUAUUUGAACAUAGAAAAGAUGCCCAUUGUUGAUAAGCAAAGGAAUAGCGAUUUACAAUACAAGUUAUGCGUUUGCUAUCCAAAAGGUGUUCUUUAUAGAGUUCCACUCAUGAAGCUACAUGACAGUAAAGAUCCUUGCAGAGACUUUGACAAAUCAUAUUUUAAUCCUUGCAUUUAAUUUUAUUAAAACAAGAACUUAGAAUAAUAUUUCAAUUUUGUUAUUUGACAAUUAACCAAUCAUAUCAGUAAUUAGAAACUUAACUUAGAAACAAUUAGCACAUGAAUAAAAUCAUUAAAUAAUGAACAUUCUAUCUAUAG